AUCCUCUAUUACAACGCCCGUCAGACGGUGCCCUAGGUUCGAUCGCGUGGGUGGCCAGCAUGCCUCUUUCAGUUUGACUGAGGCUGAGCUGCUAUGAUCGCUCAACUUUCAUUAUGCUUAAGAACAAGCGAACAAAACAUCGGUUACUCCUGAGUUCCGAUAGACCGCCAGCACUAACAGCAAUUGAUACUGAGAUUGAUCGUAAUCAAGGGUCGUCCGUAGCAAUCGAAGCAACGCAAGCGAAAAUGCAAGCGGCCAAGAAGAUGCCGACUCCCAGUCUAUCACAGUUAAUCGAACAGAGAACAUGGGAGAACGGCCAGCUCAGACAAGAGUUAGCAUAUCAACAGAGAAAGCAUAGUGCUAGCAUGUAUCUCUUGGAAGAAGUCAGGCUCGUUGUUGCAUCCCUUUAACAGGCACUUGACAACUUUCAAAGAUUGAACGCGGAACCUGAGGACGACGUUGUAGGAGAAGAUAAAUAAUAUACACUCAUUUAUGUCUUAAUAGAAUAAGCAGAUUAUAAGCUAUUUAGCC